AAAUCAGAGACUUUGGAUGUAUCCCGUAAGGGGGGACAUUGGGAUUUGGCCUGAGAGUAGAACAUGCGCCAUUACGCACGAGUGACCUGCAGCACGCAGCUGCAUCUUGAUUUAGCGUCGCGUGUGUAACUUUUACGGUUAUUUUUUCACUAAUUAGUUGAAAUUUAUUUUGAGAAAGAUGUUGAAACGAGGAUCGAAGACGCAUGUCCCUACGGAGGAAGUCCAGGAGAUGCUGGAGGACCCUGGAAAUGUUUGUCCUCAUGAUUCGUCCUCACACGAAGAAGACCUCGUGCAUUCCGACAACACACCGGACAGCAGUGACUCGGAUUACUAUCAUCCAUCAUCAUCAUCAUCGGAAAGUGAUGAGGAUUACGAGCCACCCCUUGCCCGUGUCCCAGGACCUUCAAGGCCCCCACAGCCAGCAGCAUCCCCUCCCCCCACGGCUCUACACACCCAGUCGUUAACACCUCCCCCGACCACUCGGCAGAAGAGAGGACGCUCCUCUGUGGGAGCUUCUGCUCCAGCUACCAAGCGUGGAAAGAGUAGGUUGGCAUCUCCAGAGAGUGAGGAGGGGGACAGGUGGCAUGACAGAGAGGAGGAGUGCAUCAAACCUGACCCUCUCAGGUUCAAGCCGGCCAGGACCCCAGGCCCCACAUUCAACACCACCAGAGCAUGGUCUCCCAUCAGCCUCUUCCAGCUUUUCUUUUCAGCGUCUGUUGUCCGAAAAAUCAUUGACAACACGAAUGCCAACGCUGCCAAAAGAAAGCAAGCUGGGUUGAAGUGGGAAGUGCUCACGGUGAAGGAUUUUUACAUAUUCCUCUCCAUCAUCAUCUUCACUGGCCUUGUGACGGUCCACAACAGGUCUGACUACUGGAGGAAGAAAUGUCCGUACAACUUCCAGUUCCCCGGUGACAGCAUGACACGGAACCGCUUUGAGUCCAUUUUGUGGUCACUUCACCUCAGCGACCCAGAGGAGGACGAGGAGAACGACAAAAAAAGGAACACCGCUGAGUACGACCGGCUGUUCAAGAUCAAGCCGCUCUACACGGACAUGGUGACCGCCUGCAAAGCCCAUUUCCAGCCGCACCAGAAUGUGUCCAUUGACGAGCGGAUGGUCAAAAGCAAAGCCCGUAUCAGCAUGAAGCAGUACAUGAAGGACAAGCCCACGAAGUGGGGUUACAAACUGUUUGUGCUGGCUGAUUCAUCGAUAGGCUAUACCUGGAACUUCUUUGUCUACGCAGGUAAAAGUGAGUCCACCACAGGCCGCGGUCUGAGUUACUCAGCAGUGAUGGACCUUUUACCUUUCCCUCUCCUCGGUAGCGGCUACUUGUUGUACACAGACAAUUUCUACACGAGCCCCGCUCUCUUCACUGAUCUGUCCAAAAAGAACAUCGGCUGUUGUGGGACCAUCAGGAAACAUGUAACUGGCUUCCCUCAGACCCAGACUAACAACCUGCCCAGAAAGGCUGAGAGGGGGGACAUGCGUUGGAUCCGGAGUGGCAACCUCCUCUUCGUCAAGUGGAUGGACAUGAGAGAGGUAGCGAUGUGCUCCACAGUGCAUCAGGCCUACAGUGGACAGACGGUGAGGAGAAAGGUGAAGGAGGCUGGGGUGUGGCAAAAAAAGUCCAUACCAGUUCCGGACAGCAUCGUGGACUACAAUCACAGCAUGGGGGGUGUGGAUUUGUCCGAUGCACUGAUCGGAUUUUACAGCGUCCGCCACAAGACGAUGAAGUGGUACAAGACUUUCUUUUACCACUUUGUGGACAUCGCUGCUGUGAACAGUUAUCUUUUGCACAAGGAGCUGUUCAAGUUGAGGCAGGACCCCACCCAGACAAAGCCCUUCACCCACAAGACCUUCAGGGAGCAGUUGGCCAAGGAGAUGCUGGAGUUUGCUGAAGGCUCAGCAGCCACCGCUCCCCGCCCCCGCCCCUCCACCAUCUGCAUGCCCAUGCUUUUCGACAACGAGGUCAGAAAGUAUUGCAAGAGGUGCCACGAGGCUGGAAUGCCACGGGUGAAGACCUCCUUUCAUUGCAGUAAGUGUAUGUUUCCUCUCUGCCUCACCUCCAAAAAGAACUGCUUCCAGCUGUGGCACACUGGACAAUAA